CCACCAUGUUGUCUCUCCAAGCUUCUUUCUCUAUUACCUUUUAUAUAUCACUUGUGAUCAGCUUUGUCAAUCUAAACUCAGCUUCGGAUUCAAACUCUGGUCUCUGCUCUCCUUACCCAUGUAACCAACCGCCUCAGCCACCUUCCUCUACAGGCUACUCUCCAUACGGUAAUCCUCCUCCACCACCAUCGUCACCAUCUUCACCGCCUCCACCGCCACGUUCUCGCUGCCCUCCUGUUCCUCCAGCAGGCUGUUGCGACCAACCACCACAGUCUACGUAUUAUUCUCCUCCGUAUCCUUAUUUUUACACUCCUCCUUAUCCUUACGGUACUCUCGGCGGAGGAGAUCAAAACGGUGGCGGCCAAGGAGGAGCUGGAGGUGGCGCAACUGGAGCAGCGGUUGCUUACUAUGCUUCUUCUUCUGCGCCGGUUUAUGCUCUUAUGCUUGUGUUUUAUUGUGCUUUUGUUGUCUUCUAGGGGCAUGCAUAGGGUUUAGAUAAAUAUUAGUUCUAUCAAAAGCCGCCUUCUUUCUCCUGUUGUUAUCUCAGACCUAGGAACAAAAAAUAUAAAUAAAUCAAAUGCUUUUAUACGUUUUGGCUUGAGACUUGUAUAUCAAGAAAAGAGGCAAAUAUA